AUGGGCAAGUCAGCGAAAUUCUACAAGCGUCCUACGCGCAAGGAAAAGAUGGGCCUCUCUUCGAAUUCGAACGGCGUGCGGGCUGCCAUCGCUUCAAGUAAAUUCAACAGACCCGAACCUACGACGGCACCCAAGCACGAACGCAAACUUCCCGCGGCAGAUCGAAAGCCGUCCCCUCACUAG